UUGCGUCUGGCAGUGCUACGCGGCGUGAAGUGAAAGUUUCCCCCAUAACACCCUACUCAUUCUCAAGGUUUCUUCAGUAAGUCUGCUCAGUGAUAAGCUAUGUGACUCCUGCCCAGUUCCGGAAUACCUUAGAGAACCGAUGGACAGGUGACGCAGUGGUGAAGGAUAUGAGCAAAACAAGGGUGUUGGCGUGCUUGGUGGUGGUGGUGGUGGUGACCUGGUAUACCUUAAGCUUCCAACACCUGCAUCUGGGAGCGCAUCUCCAACCCCCCUUCGCCGCCGCCACCACCACCACCACAACCACGAAGCACAUGUCAAGUUACGAAGUUCUCGAGGCACAUCUACAGACCUCUACACAUCGCCCAACAUGGAUUUCUACACCAGACGCUAAAAAAUCCUAUCCAACACAAGAUUCUACACCCAAAUCACAGAACUUUUCAGAGGAAUGGAAGUCAGUCAUGCAGGGGCGGAUGGCGAGAGUGACUAAGCUGUGUCGGCAGUAUCCUCAAGCCCUCAACAGAUUCGACCUCUUCAGUGUCUUCAAGAGCCUAACUGUCGAUCCUGCCCUCCAUCUCGUCUACUGCAGGAACGCCAAAGCUGGCACCACUGCAUGGCUCUCACGGCUGCUACAGUGGGCAGGCAUCACCCUCACCAACACCACAGCUGACGUGCACACCAUCGCUGAUCAGACCUUCCCUAUACUGGCGUCUGACAGGAUUCUACGGGAACUGAAGCGUUCAUCCAUAACCUUCACUGUGGCCAGACACCCCUUCAGCAGACUCGUCUCUGCCUAUAGAAAUAAAAUCGAAGAAAACUACAAACCAGAGCGUUGGUCAGAAAUGCUGAGAAAAUACCGCACCCCCAUAAAGGAUACUGCUGCGGUGAACAACACGAGACCAACCUUCCGGGAGUUCGCCUUGUUCGCCAGCGAUGAGGUGCUGCGGUGCUUGGGCCAGACCAGACCAAGCUGCCUUGACCAGGUUGACGUCCACUGGCUGCCGCACCAUGACCGCUGUGCUCCCUGCAACAUUAAUUAUAACGUUAUAGCGAAGAUGGAGACGAAAGAGGAGGACGAGGCGUACAUCAGCCACCUCCUCGGCCUCCCCCUGCCACCACCAGCCCAGCAAAACGUGGCCCCGGGUUCCUCCACGGCCUCCCUCACCAAAUCCUUCUUCUCAACGCUAAGCCCAAGUGAAAGGCAGCGCGUCUUUAAAGCUUACGAAUACGACUUCCUGAUGUUUGACUACUCCUACGAUGACGAGGACUACACGUAACGAGUCCCUUCAUUCAGGCAGUUCCUAGCAAUUCAACUACAUUUUUCUAACUGUACAAAAGAGUAAAGUAUUUUUUUC